CUGGAAACCCCAGAACCCCUCACGUCUGGUACACGGGCCUGCAGCUGUGUGGCGUUUGCUAAACCAUGUCUGAGGUCAGAGGUCAUUAGGUUCUGGUCAUGGUGGUGGUCAGUCACUGGCUCCACUCCCGGGUCACAAACUCUGCCAGUGGUUCUGAGUCUUGAUGAAAGUCUGCUGAUGACACUUUGAGACAAGCUCACCUGCAACACCUGACUGCCUCCUACCGACCUGAAGGCGCUGUGGUCAGGUGGAGCUGCUCGUCCGUUAAGUGACGUCUAAGUUUAUGACCGUUUGAACGAUGAACUUGGAAUGACUUAGUGGGGUUUUUACCCACAGAAUGUUGACAUUGAUGCCAGAAUUUUUGGAUUUUGGCCCCAAUACGUGAGACACACUGGACACCAGUGAGACCAUUAUAUGGAAAAUGAGGCGUGUCUAUCAACACAAUAUAAUGACUUCUCUCCCGUUAGUCUGUGAAGUGAAACAAAUGGUGUAAAUGACAUCCACUGAGUUCUUUUCACAAUAUCCCAACCUUAUUGUGAGUAUUUCGUGGUUGCAAAGUUGAAUCUCUGAACCCUUGAGAGCUGCGCUUUCCCGUCAGCAUCUCGGUCCGUCAGUGUUUGCCACGUGUCAGCCAGGACUCUGCAGCAGCUCGCUGAAGCGCCAGAUGUGACUGGACGGUUUCCAUAGGGCGUGUGCGCGGUCUGACAGCUGACACGCACACGAAAAUGUCUCUGCAAUGAAAAAAAGAAGUUAUAUAAUUGCAUGAUCAGUGCAGGGAAACCUAAAGAUAUUCUGAAUAUUUAAUGCGUGUGACCUUUAGAGACAAAACACCCUUUUUCAUUUAUGAUUCAAACUCACAUUUAAGUCAAAAAAACACCCAAAAAGUUGUCUGUUUAGGUCUUUUUCAGGUAUUAUGUAAUGGCUGCUCCAUCCUGCCCCACCCCGCCUGCACCUGCCCCCCGGCUUUGGCUCUGCUGAGCACCUGGCUUCCCAUGUGAGCAGUCUGGACUAGGAUGAGAGGAGGGAACGCCAUCCCCAAAGGAGGCUUGACUGUUAUCCCUGCAAACAGGACUUCAGUGUUUUUCCUUAAUCACAGAAGUGAAGGGGAGGGUGUGAAGGAGGCCAUAAAUUGGUAGCGUCCACGUUGGUGCAGCCUCAUUCAGGACUUUCCUCAACAUGGAGCUCAAGGGACUUUUUGUGCUCGUGGGAAUUCUGCUAGUCAGCCGGACUUCGUCCCAGCAAAUCUCACCCAGAAAGCCGACAAAGAAAGACACGUCUAAGGACGCUGCGGUCGUGGAGCUGCAGAAGCAGAUCAAAGACAUCGUGCAGGAGCUGAACCUGCUGAAGGAGCAGCAAGCCCUCCAAACAGUCUGCUUAAAAGGCAUGAAGAUCCACAGGAAGUGCUACUUGGCUGACCCCGUGAAGAAGCGCUAUCACACCGCCAGCGAUGACUGCAAUGCCCUGGGGGGCGCCCUCGGCACGCCCACGUCCGCCGACGAGAACGACCAGCUCAGGGAGUACCUCCGGCAGAGCGUGGGCCCGGACGAGCAGGUCUGGCUGGGCAUCAACGACAUGAUGACCGAGGGCGCCUGGAUGGACCAGACGGGCCUCAGCAUCUCCUACACAAACUGGGACACGUCCAACCUCCGGUCCCGCCAGCCUGAUGGGGGCAUGUCCGAGAACUGCGCCGUCCUUUCGGGGGUCUCCCAGGGGAAGUGGUUUGACGAGAACUGCCGUGAGGAGAGGCCCUCAGUCUGCCAGUUCAACAUAGUGUGACCCCCCCCCCCCCCCACCACCACCACCACCACCACCACCAUCACAGACUCUUUCUUCCAGCUGCUUUCUCCUCUGAAACCAGCGGUUCUCCACAGAACUGAUUGAGGCCGUUACGCCCCAGGUUUGAGACAAAAGCGUUGUGCUGGGUUGUCAUUUGCAGCAUUUCUUGUGGUUGUUAUAAAAAACUGGUGGGAAAAAAAAUCUAGAAAAAGUGAGAAACUGAAGAGACCUGCAGCUGCUUCAGCCAUUUCUGUACACAAACAAGCAUAAAGGUAAAAGUAUGAAUGUAUUGCAGAAGUGUAAGUUUAGGUUAGAACUGCUUUUUUUUCUCUCGAUAAAAGAGCCGCUGGUUUAAUAAGUUUUACAAUACGCUAAAGAGAGCUGCAUGAAGCUGAAGCCAUAUUAUUCUGUACCGCAGCAGUCCUGGACCAUAAUCGCUUCUGCAAUUCUUCUUUCUUCCUGCUCCUCUGAGCAAAUAUUCACUGUUCAUUUCAAAUCAAAAUAUAAAAUAAUAAAAAAAAAGGGGCUUGA